UGUUGAUUGAAAAAGUUCUCCGGUCUAUUCAAUUCUGUCUUCUUCAGGACACGCCUCACCACAACACAAAACAACACAACACUGCACAAAUCAAUCAAGAUAAAAAACCAUACAGAUUCUUCAUGCAAAGAUCCAACCCUUUUAUCUCUUCCACAAAACUUUGAGUCUUUCUUUCCCCUUUGAUAUACCUGUUCAUGGAGUCGCCGGAGAACGACCGGAUACCUCUUGAACAAGCCGAGCAGAUCGUCCUCCGGUGGGACUCCACGGUCUCGGAGGAGGCAAGGGCCCGUAUGAUCUUCGAAAGCGAUCGUCCAGAGAUCGACCAGUACUUGCAGGCUGUCGAUGAAAUCCAACGCUCCAUGGAGUCAACGACCUUGUCCGAUGACGACGGAGCCGACGAAGAGUCAAAGAAAGUCAACACCACCAUCCAGAUUGCCAUGGCUCGUCUCGAGGAUGAGUUCCGUAACAUACUCAUAUCACACGCUACCCCGAUUGAAACCGAAUCACUCACAGAAUCGAUCUCUUCCAAUCAUUUAACUCCCAGAACCAGCAGUUCCUUCAGUGAAUUUCAUGAAAAUGACGACUACAGCAACAGAGGGGAAGAGGACGGCAGUUCCAGAAACGGAUCUUCUUCGUUUUUGGAACGGGGAGAGAGCAGUACCACAAUCGCGAGCUACAGAUCCAUGAGUAGUAUUCGCGAGAUCGAUCUCAUACCAUCCGAUAGCAUAUACGAUCUCCGUUGCAUCGCUGACCGUAUGAUCGCCGCCGGAUACUUCCGUGAGUGCGUUCAGGUCUACGGCAGCGUACGCAAGUCCGCGGUUGAUGCUAGCUUCAAGAAGCUCGGCGUUGAAAAAUUGAGCAUCGGCGAUAUCCAACGCCUCGAAUGGGAGGCCUUGAACUCUAAGAUCGGUAAAUGGAUUCGAGCCGCGAAAGUUUGCAUUAGGGUUUUAUUCGCCAGUGAGAAGAGACUCUGCCAGCAAAUCUUCGAGGAUUUAGGAACAGCGGCCGAUGAUGCGUGUUUCAUGGAAACGGUUAAAGGACCGGCGAUCCAGCUCUUUAAUUUCGCUGAAGCUAUCAGUAUUAGCCGGAGAUCGCCGGAGAAACUGUUCAAGAUCUUGGAUUUACACGACGCCUGUAUGGAUUUAUUGCCUGACAUCGACGCCGUUUUUUUCUUCAAAUCAGCCGAAUCAAUUAGGGUUCAGGCAACGGAGAUACUCUCCCGGUUAGCGGAGGCUGCUAGAGGGAUGCUAUCGGAGUUCGAAAACGCAGUCCUUCGCGAACCUUCUCGAGUUCCAGUCCCCGGAGGGACGAUUCAUCCAUUAACUAGGUAUGUGAUGAAUUACAUAAGCUUAAUCUCAGACUACAAACAAACCCUAGGCGAAUUAAUAGUCUCCAAACCUGCAACCGGCUCCAGAUACUCAGACGAUUUAACCACUCCAGACAUGGAUUUCACCGACCACGAAGGUCAAUCGCCAUUAGCACUCCAUCUAAUCUGGAUAAUCGUGAUUCUGCAAUUCAACCUAGAAGGAAAAUCCAAACACUACAAAGACAACUCCUUAGCUUUUCUCUUCAUCAUGAACAAUGUCCAUUACAUCGUUCAGAAGAUCAAAGGUUCACCGGAGCUAAGAGAGAUGAUCGGAGACAGUUAUUUAAAAAAACUCACAGGUAAGUUUCGUCAGGCUGCAACGCGAUACCAAAGAGCAACAUGGGUCGGGGUACUGUAUUGCUUAAGAGACGAAGGUCUACACGUGAGUGGAAGCUUCUCAUCUGGCGUUUCAAAGAGUGCAUUACGAGAGAGAUUUAAAUCGUUCAACACCAUGUUUGAAGAAGUACACAGAAUGCAGGCGUUAUGGUUAAUCCCUGACACACAGCUUCGUGAGGAGUUACAGAUUUCGAUCUCAGAGAAAUUGAUUCCAGCUUACAGAUCGUUUCUUGGAAGAUUCAGGACUCAUAUUGAGAAUGGGAGGCACCCUGAACAGUAUAUAAAGUACUCUGUUGAAGAUCUUGAGACUGCUGUGUUGGAUUUCUUUGAAGGUUAUGCAGUUUCACAGCAUUCGAGAAGAAGAUCACAGUGAUAUUGUAGGACAUUAUUAUUCUUUUAUUUUUUGGUGGGGUGUUUCAUUGACAUUGAUUGGUUCAGAAAUCAGAAUCAGAUAAAGGAAAGAAGAAGAAGAAGAAGAUGAAGCCUCCUGAGGAGUCAAGAACUCCUCUGUAAGUAUGGAGGCUGAAGAAGUUUUGGAAGAAAACCAGUCAACAAGCAAAUAUUAUUUUUCAUUCGAAACUUGGCUUUAUUUUAUUUUGUAAUUUAAUUAGUUUUUUCCUUGUUUAAAUCUAAAUAUUUUGUAGGUGUUAAUUUGAUCCGUUUGUUUAUAA